AUGCAGCUGCUGUUGGUGUGGAGUUUGGCAUCUGCUGUCAUGUUGGUGGCAUCUGGAGCCGGUCCUCCCUCUCUUGCUACUCUUGCACACUGCCCCAAGACCUGUGGGGAUGUGAGCAUCUGGUACCCCUUCGGCAUCGGGCCUGGCUGCUUCCGGCAGGGAUUCGAGGUCACCUGCGAUAGGACCACCAAACCUUGGAAGCUCUUCUUGGGCAAGGGAAACACCACCACUCAGGUAACUGCCCUCUAUCCUGCAGGAACUGUCCUUGCCUCUAUUGUGUACACCAUCACCAUGGCACCAGGUGUUGGCACCUACAACUUGUCCUGGCAGUCUCCUGGGCGUAACCUCAACAUCGAGUCUUACAAUUACUUUGCGUUCCUUGGUUGCGGAAUUGGGAUCUACUUGUUCCACCCAGACACCGGUGACCUUGUAGGCCAUUGCACAAGCAAGUGUUCCUCCAUGGAGGCCAUGCUCAUAGCAACACAAGGAGGGAGCUGCAAUGGCAUGGGCUGCUGCGCUGUCACGUUCCCGGUGCCGUUUCAAGGGUUCAGAGUGACCAUCGUAAAGAACAACGAUACAGUACCAGAACCCUUCCAUGAUAUCACCGUCAAGGCUUUCUUAAGCUUCCGUCCAUAUAAGUUUAGUAUUAUGGAUCUAUUGUCUGAUAAAAUAAAUGCAAGCAUCGUUGCUGCUUCAUCCGCAUACCUCUCAACUGUCAUCGCUGAUGAACCCAACUGCAAACAAGCCCAGUUGGAUAAUAAAACACAACCACCUGCAAAAUAUGAAGUGACAAAUAUUUCAUUAGAUGAAGGACUCUUGUAUGUCAAUAAGCUUUCAGAAUCUGAAGAUGCCAACACAAAUUAUUUAUCGAUAUACUAUGGAGGUUCUGAGUACUUUGGCCAGCAACUAAUUUAUGGUCUGGAGAAAUCUGACUUAUCUGAAGAGUAUGGUUCUUGGAGUUGGACAUGCUAUAACUUUCAAGGAAGCUAUGGCUGUUGCCCUCAAGGUAUUGUUGUCGGAAUUCGCAGUGGUUUUGGAGUCCUACUUCUUACAUUGACUGCAAUCGUAUUAGUCAAAAGGUGGAAGAUAGACACACAAAAGAAAAUCCGAAGGGCAUACUUCCGGAAAAACAAAGGCCUACUCUUGGAGCAGCUGAUCUCUUCGAGUGAAAGUGUUACACAUAACACAAGAAUAUUUUCCUUGGAAGAGUUAGAGAAAGCAACCAACAACUUUGACUCGACACGUAUUAUUGGACAUGGAGGCCAUGGCACAGUUUACAAGGGUAUUUUAUCUGACCAACGGGUAGUCGCCAUCAAAAGGUCUAAAAUUGUGGAGCAGAGUGAGAUCGACCAAUUUGUUAAUGAGGUGGCCAUCCUGUCACAGAUAAUUCAUCACAAUGUGGUGAAACUUUUUGGUUGUUGCCUUGAAUCUGAGGUGCCGCUUCUCGUAUAUGAAUUCAUCUCUAAUGGCACACUUCAUGAUCUUCUUCAUGGCAAUCUGAGUGCCAAAUGCUUGUUAACAUGGGAGGACCGUAUCAGGAUUGCUCUAGAGGCUGCUGGGGCACUUUCUUACCUCCAUUCUUCUGCUGCUAUGCCAAUCUUUCAUAGAGAUGUGAAAUCAACUAACAUACUCUUGGAUGAUGCCUUCACUGCAAAGGUUUCAGACUUUGGUGCUUCCAGAUCCAUUUCCAUUGAUCAGACUGAUACUUGUUGA